AUGAGGAUUAACGAUCUUUACAUAAGAGAUAAAAACGGUUGGUACUGGUAUUCUGCGGGUAUAAAUUGGAGGGGUUAUCUCGGCAUGUCAUGUGGAUUCGCUAUUAAUUUGCCAGGGUUUAUCAGUACGAUCCAACCGUCUAUCAAAGUCUCCCAAGGUGCUAUGAAGAUAUAUUACCUACUAUGGCUUACUGGACCUGGAGUAUCCGGUUUAGUAUAUUAUCUAGCCUGUCUUCUCUCUCCUCCACCAGGUAUGAGCAAAACCUUUGAAGAAGUUGACGAGUCAGCCGGUGAACCGAGAGUAGAUCACAUUGUUAUCGACGCAUCAACGACAGCUGGAAGAGUAUCGACUCCCUCGACUGCUCCGGAGAUCGAAGCUGGACAACAGAGGAGCGAACGAGAAGUAAGGUCCAUUAAUGAUAUUGCUGAAAUUGCGGUAGGGAAGAGGAGCGAUGUGAUCAAGAGAUCCAUUACACGAUGA